CGUAUCCUGGCAAUCUGUGAAGUCCUGAGUCGCCAUUUUGCUCUGUUGAUAUUUUAAUGUAAGUUCAGUUAUUAUUUCGAAGAAUUUCAAAAUAAUACGUCAUAAUACUUUUGGAACGUGCAUCGCAUCAGUUGUACAUCAAAAUCUCAAAAUUCUGGACUAUUGAUGGUGAAAAAUCGCAUCUCCUAGGAGGGUCCUGUUCUCGCUGUUAAGCCUCGUUUCCUCAUCUUCCAAGGCGCUGUAAAGUAUUGAAUUUUCUUCUUUAUUAAUAUCAUUUGGUAACUUUUGCAUUCACCGUAUAGGUGAUUUCUGAAAGUUCCACUAAGUUUCUCAUGUGUGAAGUCAUUGAUAUGUGCAAAAGCAACAUGCAAACCGACGAAUUGCUGGACAUGAUCUCCAGUAUUGCACGAAAGAAAUUGCGAGUAAGAGGAAAUUUGCGGCUGGAAGCAAUGCUAGAAUCAACGUACAAAUGGUUGGAUCGUGAAUUGAAAGAAAAACAACAAAGUCGAAAGCGAAAAUGGGAAGAAAUCAAAACAGAUUUGUGCAAAAGGGCAAGAAUUGAUGGUGACCUGAAUUCCAUGGACACUGAUGAUAGUUCAUUUGAAGAACUUCUAGCAAGCCAAAUCAGUUUCUUAUUCUGUGAUAUUACUCUGUGGGAACCACUGUGCUGUAUGGUAACCCAGAGAUGGAUUCAAAGAGCAAUGCUAUCUUCUUGCGUGGAAGUUUUGGGACAGCAAAUAUGAUCAAUGGUCGAUUCUUCUCAUAUUACUUGACACGAAAUGAAAUGUUUCUUCGGCUGAAACUUGCUGCAGCUCAUCAUCAACACAAAAAAAAGAACAGCUUUGCUCUCGAGGCCUGUGAAUUUCAGCAUGGAACUGAAAUGAAGGCUUUUUACUGACUCAGCAUUGACGUAAAAGGAUUGCAGGUAUCAGUUCGUGAAUCUUUGGAUUUCUAACACCACAAUUUUGAAUGUAAAAUAGUAUUUUUUCCAUGGCAUUUAAUGUUUAAAUCCUUUUUUAUAACUAUGAAGGUAUUUCAUGCUUAUCAGAAUUCCUUCUUGAAUUAUAAGUUUUUUUUUUGUGUAUGUAUAAAGUUUUCAUUGUGAAACAAAUAUGA